AUGAAGUUUCAGUACAAAGAAGAGCGUCCAUUUGAGAAGCGCCUGGAGGAAGGACAAAACAUUCGUAGAAAAUAUCCAGGUAGUGUUCCUGUAAUUGUCGAAAAAUCACCCCGUGCACGUGUUGGUAAUCUGGAUAAAAACAAAUAUUUGGUUCCAUCGGAUUUAACUGUCGGACAGUUUUAUUUCCUUAUUCGUAAGAGAAUUCAGCUAAACCCAGAAGAAGCACUUUUUUUCUUCGUUGAAGACAUUAUUCCUCCAACCAGUGCUACAAUGGGUGCCCUCUAUGAGGAGCAUCAUGAUCGUGAUCUCUUCCUAUACAUUGCAUAUAGUGAUGAGAGUAUAUAUGGAGCAGGGGAAGAAGAAAGCCUAUGCUCAUGA